CCGCACGCUCGACGCCCUGCCACCGCACCCGACGCGCCCGUCGCACGCAGCACACACGAUCGCAUCACCAUGAGCCGGUACCAGGACGGCUCGGACGCCGAGGAGGAGAUCAUGGCCGGCGAGUACCGCGAGCAGGUGCAGUACGACGGCAUGGAGGAGCUCGACCGCAUGCCCUCGAUUGGCAGCAACCAGGACAUUCACGCCCAGCUGCAGGCCGCCGCGACGCCCCUCGAGUUCCAGGCGACGCUGGAGACCAAGUUUGCCAGCUACGACAACUACUGCAACCUGUUCCACUACAUCCUCAACUCGGACGGCCCCGUCGACCUCGAGGUCCCCAACUACUACUGGGCGUGGGACGUCAUCGAUGAGUUUAUCUACCAGUUCAACAGCUUUUGCAGCUAUCGCCAGAAGGUCGCCCUGAAGAACGACAACCAGGAGGAGAUCCAGCUCCUGCGCGAGAACCCGAACACAUGGGGCUGCUACAGCGUCCUCAACGUCCUGUACUCGCUCAUCCAGCGGUCGCAGAUCAACGAGCAGCUCGCAGCCAUGAAGCGCGGCGAGGACUCGAACCUGUACGCUGGCGAGUACGGCCAGCGCCCCUUGUACAAGAUGCUGGGGUACUUCUCCAUCAUCGGUCUCCUGCGUGUGCACUGCCUGUUGGGUGACUUCAGCCUUGCGCUCAAGACCCUCGACGACAUCGAGCUCAACAAGAAGGCCCAGUUCGCCCGCGUCAUGGCCGCCCACUUCACCACGUACUACUAUGUUGGUUUCUCCUACAUGAUGAUGCGCCGCUACACCGACGCCAUCCGCAUGUUCUCCCACAUCCUCGUCUACGUCUCGAGGACCAAGAACUUCCAGAAGAACGCUCAGUACGACUCGAUCACAAAGAAGAACGACCAGAUGUACGCACUCGUCGCCAUCUGCGUUGCCUUCCAGCCCACAAGGCUCGACGACACCAUCCACACCGCUCUCCGCGAGAAGUACGGCGAGCAGUUCAACAAGCUGCAGCGCGGUGGACCCGAGUCCCUUCCCCUGUUUGAGGAGCUGUUCCGCACCGCUUGCCCUAAGUUCAUCAGCCCCACACCGCCCGACUUUGACAACCCGGAGGUCAACAUCGACCCCGUCGAGCACCACCUUCGCAUCUUCAUGGAUGAGGUUAAGAACAACAUGAUGUCGCCCACGGUCAAGAGCUACCUGAAGCUGUACACCACCAUGGAUCUUAAGAAGCUCGCUGGUUUCCUCGAGGUUGAGCCAGAGAAGCUGAGGUGCUGGUUGCUCGUCAACAAGCAGAGGAAUAGGCAAAUCAGGUGGAACGAGGGUGGCCUGCUGGAGGGUGAUGUGGUUUCCGCCGGCGACCUUGACUACGCCAUGGAGGGUGACCUCAUCCACGUCUCCGAGGCGAAGGUUGGCCGGAAACUCGUCGAUUGGUACCUCAGGAACUUGGCUCGCACUUACUAGAGAGUAAAACGACAUGAGAGGUACUUCAGAGAUAUCCUUGGCCAAAUCGAGAUAGAGCAUCCGGCUUGGAGUUGGGGGUUUACGGCAUCAUGGAAAAGCAUUUUUGCGGAUAAUUGAGCAAACAGCUCAGGGGAUCAAUGAAGCGAUAGAGUCACAGGUGCGUCGAAGCUCUGCUGAAGGCCGUGCCACCACCGCAUGUGUGGAAGCAGAGUGGUGGGAGGGGAAAAGAGCACCGCGUCCAGAGGUGCAGAGGGUGAGCAGUGGAAGUUUGAUGAUAUAUCCGUCAAUGAACAAAUCGCACCUAGUGAGAGUAUUUCAGUCUUGCUAGCCUGCAUAU